AUGAACAUUGUGGGAAAACUCAGUUUAAUGAUACUGUGGAGUAUAUUCAUGCUUCAUUCACUGCUGUCCUCUUUGCAAGGAUCUUAUUGCAAGCUUUCUCUUCUGAGAAGAGAUUCAAGAAAUGACUUUAAUGCAACUAGAGAGAAAAGAGAUCUCGUAACAGCCGAGAUUCAAGCUUCCUCUGCUCUGUCACACCUUCAUGGAGCCUUGACACGGAGUCCUCCAGGAGAGGAUGUAAGCAUGUCUGAGAGGCAUGUAACUGGUUAUGUGAAGGGACAGGGGUGUUCAGGGAAUGAGCACACAGCUGCUCCUGAAGGGUUUUUAGCACUGUACAAACACAUAAAGCAGGUCCAAGUUACAGAAGUUGUUUUGCAGAAAAGUUCAUGUUCCCUGGAGUGCCUUAAUGGAGCAGCCUGCACAGAGGCAGGUGACUGUGACUGUCAGUUAUUUCAGGCUCAAGGAAGCAGAUGCCAAAUUGUACCCAACACUGGUAAGGACCGAGAUGGGAUUUGCAAAUCGUGGGGACAGUAUCAUUUUGAAACAUUUGAUGGCAUCUACUACUACGUCCCAGGAAAUUGCUCCUAUAUUUUUGCAAAAGACUGCAGUACUCCAGAACCACAGUACACUGUUUGGGUUCAUAACAGUCCUCACUGUUAUGGUUCUGUAUAUACUUGUCAGAGGUCCAUCAGCUUGUUUUUUUCAAACCAAGAAGAAAUAAUUAUUUCAGGACAUGAAGUAAGAAAAGAUGGAAUCAGAUUAGUUUUGCCUCAGACAAUUGGAAAUGCUUUCUUUGAGAGACUGGCUGACUAUAUACUGGUGAAGACCACCUUUGGUUUUUCUCUUGCUUGGGAUGGAAACUCUGGUAUUUAUAUCAAGCUGACAGAAGAUCAAAAGGGAAAACCUUGUGGCCUCUGCGGAGAUUUUAAUGGCAAUAAACAUGAUGACCUGAAACUGCAAAACAAUGAAUAUACAGAAGACAUUGCUGAAUUUGCAAAUAGCUGGGCUGUGCAAACCGCAGAUGAUGUAGCUUGUGUACCUACUGCCUCAAAUUUUUCCAGUCCUUGCUCAGCUGAUGCAGAAUCCACUGAGGACAUAUUCUUCAAGUGCCAAAUAUUCCUACAGUUUCCUUUUCUCAGCUGUCAUGAAAGCAUAGAUCCAUAUUCUUAUAUUUCUAGCUGCAUGAAUGAUCUUUGCAGAGCAGAUGAUGAUGAAACAUACUGCAGGGCGGUGACAGAGUACGCUAGAGCAUGCUCUCACGCUGGGUCCCCAGUGCGGGACUGGAGGGAUGACUUUCCUGCCUGUACUGAGAAGUGUGAAGACAGCUUUGUACACCGUGACUGCAUCAGUUGCUGUCCACCAACCUGCACAUUUGAAAAAGACUGUCUUGGCAGCAACCUACACUGCUUAGAUGGCUGUUACUGUCCAGAUGGUCUCAUUAUGGAAAAUGGAACCUGUAUCUCUGUGUCGAAUUGUCCUUGUAUUUAUCAUGGAACUGCCUUUCCUGUAGGCUCAAAAAUUGAACAAGAAUGUAGCAACUGUAUUUGCAUUGGUGGCAUUUGGAACUGCACUGAUCAUGAUUGCCCAGCUGAGUGCUCUAUAACAGGUAGCUCUCACUUCACAACAUUUGAUGGACGUCAUUUCACCUUUCUUGGGAUUUGCCAGUACAUUUUGGUAAAAGGCACUGGGAAAAACAAAUUCACAAUAACUUUACAGAAAGCACCUUGUGGACAGAACUUUGACCACGCCUGCAUUGAGUCUAUAACUCUAGUCCUUGAAGAUGAUGUGAGCAAACAAGUAACUCUCACGAGAUAUGGUCAAGUCCAAACUGGCCCUAACCAAGUUUUUAACCUUAAUGGCGCUAUUGAAAUUCAGAAUGUAUCUUCUUUUUUUGUUCAACUGAAAACUAGUUUUGGUUUGAAGGUACUAUUUGCUAAAGAUGGAGAGAGGAUCUAUGUUCAAGUUGAUAUUGGCUGGAAGAGAAGAACAUUAGGACUAUGUGGAACAUACAACGGGAAUUUAAGAGAUGAUUUUCUCUCUCCAGCAGGGAUGAUAGAAGGGACCCCGCAACUUCAUGCAAAUGCAUGGAAGGUUUCCUCAGCUUGUUCUGUGCCUAUCAACAUUCCUGUGGUUGAUCCCUGCAAUGUUAAUCAGCAAAAUGCUGGGUAUGCAUCUCACUGUGAUAUCAUCAACCAAGAAGUUUUUGCUCCCUGUCAUGCCUACAUCAGUCCAGGGUUAUACUACCAGCAAUGCCGCUUUGACGCGUGCAAAUGCGGAAGCAGCUGUUUGUGUAAUGCUUUGGCACACUAUGCUUACGUGUGUAGCAAGCACGGCAUCGUCGCUGACUUCAGAUCUCAUAUUUCUUACUGUGCUGUGAUGUGUCACAGCGGUAUGCUUUAUCAUCAGUGUUCUUCUUUUUGUAAACAUUCCUGUGCUUCACUUUCUAUGGCAAAUAUCUGUGGUGAUGACUGUGCAGAAGGAUGUAAUUGUCCUGAUGGGAAAUAUUUUGAAGAGUCGGUCAACUUCUGUGUGUCGAUAUCUGCCUGUCAUUGUCAUUACAAGGGCAAAGUCCUCCAGCCUGGAGAAAUCCUCCCUACACCAACAGGCUCCUGUCAGUGUUUAAACGGAACAGUGAAAUGUAUUGAAGCCACUACAGAAAAUACAGUUCACAUAUGCCCUGAAGGAAAAGUCUACUACGACUGCAGAUCUCCUGUGCCUGGAUUACCAGCAGCGGGUGUGAAUUGCGGGAUCUCUUGUGCGAACCUUGCCAUGAACUUUUCCUGUGUCCCCUCACCACCUUGUGGAAGUGGCUGCAUUUGCCCCCCUGGGAUGGCUGAGCACAGAGGGAAAUGUUAUAUUCCUGACAGCUGUCCAUGCACCUGGAAAGACAGGGAAUUUCUGUCAGGAGAAGUGAUAGCUACACCAUGUUACACCUGUGUUUGUCGGAAAGGGAUAUUCAAUUGUACUAGUUACCCCUGUCCUGCUGUAUGCACUGUUUAUGGAGAUCGACAUUAUUAUACCUUUGAUGGAUUAGAAUAUGACUAUAUAAGUGACUGCCAAGCUUACCUGCUAAAGAGCACAGAUAACUCAAAUAUAUCUAUAAUUGCUCAGAACAAAAAGUGCUUUGACAAUGAUAUUGUUUGCUCAAAGAAUGUUUUCAUCAUGGUUGGAGACACUGAGAUUUAUUUUAGUGAACUUUCUGAGAAGCAGACCUUAAGGGGAAAGGAAAACAAAUCUAACUAUCAGCUUUGGAAGGCUGGAUAUUAUACUGUGAUGCACUUUCCAGAUCAAGAUAUUACGAUUCUGUGGGAUAAGAAGACAAUGAUACAUAUUAAAGUUGGACCUCGAUGGAAGGGUAAACUGGCAGGUUUGUGUGGGAAUUUUGACAAAUAUACUUCAAAUGAUCUGACUACCUCAAACAACAUGGAGGUGAGAAAUGCACAGGUGUUUGGAGACAGCUGGGUAUUAGGACAGUGCAAGAGCCCAAAUGAAACAUUAAGGCCAUGUGAGGGACAUCAGAGCAAGUUCCCUUAUGCCAAAAAGGAAUGCUCAAUUUUAUACAGCGAUAUUUUUGCACCUUGUCGCAAUGUGAUUGAUGUGACUUCUUUUGUCAAAAAUUGUCACACAGAUACGUGCAACUGCAAUCUUGGUGGGGACUGCGAGUGCUUGUGUACCAGUAUUGCAGCUUAUGCUCACAAGUGCUGCCAGCAAGGAGCACCGAUUCACUGGCGAUCUCCUUCCCUCUGUGCUUAUGACUGUGAUUAUUACAAUCAAGGUCUUGGUGAAGGACCCUAUAUUUUGGCAAGUUACGGACAGAAUGACACAAUUAUAGGAGCUAAUAUAUCUAGUAGAAGGAUAUUUCCCCUGCCUAGAGCUGGAGCAUAUGGAAAUGUAUUUUUCAGCUUCAUGAUAACUCCAGGGCUUUUCAAAGAUAAAGAUUUAUCUCUCUCUCUCGUUUCCCUUGAAUCUGCUGAAAGACCAAACUACUUUCUGUAUGUACAUGACAAUGAAACCGCUGGGUUGGAGCAGUGGCAGGCAAGUGACUCCUUUCAGAGACGAGCCACCUUCUUCCACCACCAGGGCCUCUGGAGUCCAGGGCUCAGCGCCUUUGAACUGCACAGUAAAAAAGGCUUUUUCAUCAUUCUCACCUCAUCUGGUGUUAAAGUGGCAAAGUAUGAUGAUUCAGAAGAAUUCAAACGUUUGAGUAGCUUUAGUAUUGAAGAACUCCGUUCCUCUGUGCCUUAUAGAAGAAUGUGUGAGUGGCGAUAUGAAUCUUGUGCUAAUCCUUGUGUUAAAACCUGUAGUGAUCCUGAAGGAAUAGCAUGCAAAUUCCUUCCUCCGGUUGAAGGAUGCUUGCCAUACUGUCCCAAAAACAUGAUCCUUGAUGAGGUCACACUUAAAUGUGUUUAUCCAGAAGACUGCAUACCCUUGGCACCUACAGAAUCAGCAAUUGGAACAAAACCUUCAUUGCUAAUCUCUCACACGGGUACUACCACAGAGUGUUCUCAGACACCUCCUUUAUUUGUUACUUCAGGGACUAAGUCAACCCAUGCUGAUGUGACAGGCAAAAUAACCAUGAAAGCAAACACAGCUUUAAGGGGAAUGAAUACGUCGGCACAGCCCGUCACAGACGCUUAUUCAUUGGAAGCAUCUAAUGCAGCCAUCUAUUCAAUGUUUUCAUUAUCAAGUACAGUGGAGCCUUCCGAUGUACUUCACAGCACAGCCAGCCCUACUGUCCUUUCCACACUCACCUCUCCAAUAGAUUUUCCAGCAGCUCUUCAAGCCUCAGCAGUCACAUCACGUACUGUCAUUUCUGCUGAAUCUAUAACUUUAUCCAUUACAAUAGCAAGUCCAACAACCCCACUCAGUGCAAGUCUUUUUACAACACAUUAUGUGUUAUUGACACCUACUCCCCUAGUUGUAGUUGCAUUUCCACCUGAAACAUCAACCACUCAGCUAGAAACUGUUCCCCCCUGCCUCAUUAUUAACAUCUUUAACUUCCAAGCCAUCUUUUAUAAGGUUUUCAGCCUUUCAGUAGCACUAAAAACAUCCAUUGUAAUGCCCCCUUUUCCAAUGCCUACAACUCCUGAAGCCACUUUAGAAAGCCAGUCCAGUAGGGUCUCUGUGUCUUCACCUCCUCCUAAGACCGCUUGUAUCUCUACUGUUUCUCUAGGAAAACAGAGCUCUUCGGUAAGUUCUUCAGAAGAUGGAACAAUAUCAUCCAUAUCUGCUGGAAUCAUCACUCAAUCCACUACACCAACAAUCAAGAACACAACAGUGAAUGCUACAUCCUUAAAAGUGCCUUAUAUUUUUGCAAAAAUACCACCUAGCUCUUCAAGCAGUUUUGCUUCUGUCACUACUGUGGCCUCUAGCAUUACUACAAAAACCACUGAUUCUUUUGUUGCCGAUUUGGAGUUUUAUAUGGCUUCAGCUUCAGUUCCUACCACCACAGAAACAUCCAUGCAUGUGUCACACAGAUCUUUAUUUACACCUGCAGUGACUCAGGUUUUGCAGAGCACUAAAGAGACUCCAAAAAUUAUGAUUAUGAAAACAACUGGUACUACAAGUCCAUUAUCACAGACAAAGAGUACCUCACUUGCAGCUUCAGAAGUUAAAUAUGCAACCUCAUUUGAAAGAACUGGGGAUGUUUUAGAAAGUGGUCAGAUUUCACAUGAGCAAAGAAAUGUUACCAAGACAAAGUCAACCACAACUGAGAAAUCUUCCCUGUCUUAUUUCACAGUAUCUCCAGUUCAGAGUUCACCUUUCCCAAGAAACAUAACCACAGUAAAAAAUCUCUCUGCUUCUGGAGUCCCAGAUGUAAUAAUAUCAGAUUGGUCAAAUAUCCCAACACAGAAAUCCAUUAAACCUUAUUUCAGUUUAACAAAGCCCACAGAGCUUCAGACCAGAACUGUAGUAGAUUUAUCUCAUUCUAGUGGUGGAAUGUCUCUGCCUUCCUCUCCAGAGCCUGUGGAAACACUAAGUUCUCUGGCAAGCACAGAAACAAUGACAGCUGUAGCUGACAAGGCUUCCUUUGGUACAAUGAUGCAUACACUGAUGUCUACAUCUUCUGAAUGUGUGCCAAGAUACCUUGAACCUGUUGACAAAUGUAGCCACUAUGUAUGUGUUAAUAUGGAUUGGAUAUUAUACAACCUUUCAAGGAACUGCCUUAAGGAUGUGCAGAAACCAGACUGUGGUUUUCGAGGAAUGCCGGUUCAAGUUAACUCUGAUAGUUGUUGCCCAGAAUGGGAAUGUCCUUGUCAAUGUUCUGUACUGUCUGAACUGAGUGUUAUCACAUUUGAUGGAAACAACAUAGCCCUCUGUAAUAUGGCUUCCUACAUUUUAGUCAAGUUACCAGGAGAAAUUAUUGUUGCUCAUAUUGAAAAAUGUCCUGCUAAUCAGAGUGCAAAUUCAAUAAGAAAACUAGUUCCCCCUGCAAGCACUUCGGGGCUCUGUUUUAAGAAAUUAAAUGUAACAACAGGCACAUAUCAAUUACUUAUCAAUCGUUUAGCAAGAAAAGUGGUAGUGGAUUCUGUAGUUCAAUCAUUACCAUUUUCAAAAGAAGGACUGAGUAUUCAGGAUACUGGUGCAAUAUAUAUUGUCAAUACCCCAGCUGGUAUUAGCAUCAAGUGGGCUCACAUUACAGGCAUCAUCGAUAUACAGUAUGGAUUACACUCUAACACAUCCAUGAAGACAGAAGGACUUUGCGGGGUGUGUAAUGGAGACCCUACUGAUGAUCUGAAAAUGCAAAACAGGACCAUAAUUACAAACAUGGAGGAAAUUGAAGUGUUCAUUAGGAGUUGGGAAAUUGAGAAAUCACUUGAUGUAACAACCCGGAGGCCACUAAGAAGCUGUACUGAAGAUAACUGUACAUACUGUAUGGGACUGUUAAAUGGAAGCACUUUCAUCCCUUGUCAUAAGAAAGUGUCACCACAGGAGUUUUGUGAGAAGAUGUGGAUCAACAGCACCAAUUUUUGGAAUUAUGAGUGUGAUGCACUUUCUGCAUAUGCGGCUUUAUGCAACAAGCACAACAUCUGCAUUAAAUGGAGGACACCUGAUUACUGUUCACUGAGUUGUCCCGAGGGCAAGGAAUACCAGCCUUGUGUGCAACCCUGUGAAGCCAAGACAUGCUUGAAUAAAUGGUUCUAUGAAGAUUCUCCCUGUUCCUACUUAAGGGAGGACUGUGUUUGUAGAAAUGGCACUAUUCUGCAUAGAACAGACUCUGACCUCUGUAUACCAGAAGAAAAAUGUACAUGUACAGAUAACAAAGGACAACCCCGCUCUGCUGGGGAGAUCUGGAAUGGGUCCAUGAGAGGCUGUUGCAUGUACAACUGUUUAGAAAAUGGAAGCAUUGUUGCUGUAGAACCUGAAUGCAAUGAGGAUCCACUACCGGUCUGUGAAAGAGAAGGGGAAGUUAUUGUCCAUGUCAUCGAAGAAAGAGCUUGCUGUCCAAAGAAAGUUUGUGAAUGUAACAUCUCAUUGUGUGACACCAUUAUUCCAACAUGCAAACCCAGUGAAAAAUUAGUGGCAGGUUACCAUCCCCUGUCCUGCUGUCCACAGUACCGAUGUGAAUGUGAUCCUUCAGCUUGUUUCAAUGCUUCCCACCUGGACUGCAGAGAAGAUCAAUUUAUUGUGGAAGCAAAACAGGAAGAUCCCUGUUGUUUCUCUUACCUCUGUGUUUGUGAAUCCUGUAUUGAGCCUGUUCCCUUGUGUAAUGAGGGGGAAAUUCUCACUGUAGACCUUAAUACCAUACAUUACUGUUGUCCUCAUUACUACUGUGUUUGUGAUGAAAAUCUUUGCUCUGAGCCUCCUAUGAAUUGCACAGAUGAAAUGACACUUGUGAAGGAAAAAAUACCUGGGCAGUGUUGUCCAGAAUGGCACUGUGAAUGUAGCUGUGAAAACGCUACUAUGCUGACCUGUAAACUGGGAGAAGUUAAAAAAAUAGAUAGUAAUGUUUCCAGUGCUUGUGGAUGCACUCACUACAUUUGUGAGAAGGAUGAUGUGUGCAUCUUCCAAGAGGUCACGGUACUGAAUCCUGGACAGUCAGUGAUUCAGUUCUUGGGUGGAGACCUUUGUUACACUGUACAGUGCUUACAAGAAAAAGAUCAGAACACAGGAUACAAUGCAAUGCAUUUUACAAUGGUGAACUGUUCCCAGCAAUGUGAAGCUCAUCAAAUAUACAUUCCUUCCUCCAGUCACCAUACUUGUUGUGGUACCUGUCAAGACAUGUCCUGCUCUUUUCACACUGAGAAUGGAACACUAAUCAUGUAUGAGGAAGGCAGCACCUGGACCUCCAACUGCACUAACUACAAGUGUGCAAAGACUGCUGCAGGGGCUGUCAUACUGGGAUCAAGUGUUGUCUGCCCCCCUUUUAAUGACACCGAGUGUACAAAGAACGGAGGAAUUGUGCAGAUGUAUAAUGAUGGCUGCUGCAAGACCUGCAAAAAGGAAGAAAGAAUUUGCCAGAAAACAACAAUCAGGACAACCAUAAGAAAAAGUGACUGUAUAAGUCAAAGCCCGAUAAAUGUGGCUUCUUGUGAUGGAAAAUGCCCAUCUGCAACAAUUUUCAAUGUCAAUAUCGAUACCCAUUUAAGAUUCUGUAAAUGUUGUCGAGAAAAUGGAACACGUAAUCUGACUGUGCCACUGCGCUGCUCAGGAAAUGGCACUGAAAUUAUGUACGUCAUUCAAGAGCCUAUAGAAUGCUCAUGCCAAUGGAACUGAACACUACUGUGGAUAUGAUUUCAUCUGUAGAAGUAAAAGGAGUUUCUUUUCACCAAACUUUUUUUGAUGUUGGAUAACUAUAGUACAACCACAGAGAUAAAAAAAACAGAUGUGCUCAGUUCUGCUUUAUAAUGCAAUUUUUCACAAAUUUAGUAAAGAUGAUGUUCUACGUUCUUCACAUUUUCUUUUGAAGUACUGGCAUAUAUAGAAAGAAAAAUAUAAAUAAUUUUGAAAAAGGUAUAAUUUAGCCAUCAUUUAUUUCUACUCAGUGGGCUUUCUGACAAGCUGUUGAAAGCUGGUUAAGGCCUGUUUCCAGUUGGAUUGUGGCUAUCUAUUAAAGUUCAGAAUUUCUCAGUGGUUCUUUUCCUUGUACUCAGAAACUUCUUGUUGUGAACCAUCAUUGCUCUCAUGUUUAAAUGGGAGUUUGAUAAUGACUGAAUAAAAUAGUGGGUUAAACCGAAA